UUAAACAAAAAAGCUUUUUUCUUCCCAACACAAAAAAAAAAAACUGUAACGACCAGAAAAAAACAGAGGACGCGUUAGAAAGAAAAAACAGAACAGUCCGAUAAAAAGAUCCGGUGAUGUCAAACCCGACCCGAAAGAAUAUGGAGAGGAUUAAAGGUCCAUGGAGUCCAGAAGAAGACGAUCUGUUGCAGAGGCUUGUUCAGAAACAUGGUCCGAGAAACUGGUCUUUGAUAAGCAAAUCUAUCCCUGGACGUUCCGGCAAAUCUUGCCGGCUCCGGUGGUGUAACCAGCUAUCUCCGGAGGUUGAGCACCGUGCUUUUUCUCAGGAAGAAGACGAGACGAUUAUUCGAGCUCAUGCUCGGUUUGGUAACAAGUGGGCUACGAUCUCUCGUCUUCUUAAUGGACGAACCGAUAACGCUAUCAAGAAUCAUUGGAACUCGACGCUCAAGCGAAAAUGCAGCGUCGAAGGGCAAAGUUGUGAUUUUGGUGGAAAUGGAGGGUAUGAUGGUAAUUUAGGAGAAGAGCAACCGUUGAAACGUACGGCGAGUGGUGGUGGUGGUGGUGUGUCGACUGGGUUGUAUAUGAGUCCCGGAAGUCCAUCGGGAUCUGACGUCAGCGAGCAAUCUAGUGGUGGUGCACACGUGUUUAAACCGACGGUUAGAUCUGAGGUUACUGCUUCAUCGUCUGGUGAAGAUCCUCCGACAUAUCUUAGCUUGUCUCUCCCUUGGACUGAGGAGACGGUUCGAGUCAACGAGCCGGUUCAACUAAACCAGAAUACGGUUAUGGAUGGUGGUUACACGGCGGAGCUGUUUCCGGUUAGAAAGGAAGAGCAAGUGGAAGUAGAAGAAGAAGAAGGGAAAGGGAUAUCUGGUGGAUUCGGUGGUGAGUUCAUGACGGUGGUUCAGGAGAUGAUUAGGACUGAGGUGAGGAGUUACAUGGCGGAUUUACAGCGAGGGAACGUCGGUGGUUCUGGCGGAGGAAGUGGUGGUGGUGGUGGUUCGUGUAUGCCACAAAGUGUAAACAGCCGUCGUGUUGGGUUUAGAGAGUUUAUAGUGAACCAAAUCGGAAUUGGGAAGAUGGAGUAGUGAGUGAGAAGAACAAGUUUUCCCUCUGUUUCUCAGGGAAAUAAAAGUUUCAGGCUUUUCAUGUAUAGAGCCAGUAGUAGAGACGAAAGGAGGAAGCGAAAUCAAAAAUGUUUUGUAUU